UUCAUUCACUCCAAUACUCCAAAUAUUUAUGUUUGUUGAAUCAGCUGUUUGCAUCAUAAAAAUAAAUGAAAUUUUGGUGGUUGAAUAAGUAAACUUAUAAUCAAAUUCUCCUUUUUUUUUUGUCGUUCCUAUGAUUUCAACAUAACCUGUUUAAAAUGGAGAUAAAGAAUAUUGCAUAUGCAACCUUUAGAGGCUUAUACGAUAGUAUAAGGGGAAUGCUAGCAGUUUUCUCAAUGGACAAAGAAAUAAAUGAAAAGAAGUCUACCAGACAGUCACCAACACGUUCAAAUUCCAUAAGACAAAAACCUUUUGAUACUGGAGAAAACGUACCUAGGCGGCAGUUAAAAAAAGAGGAGGAAUCAAAAGUAAUGAAAAGAAUAUUUCAGUGUGGAUUAUUGAAUGGUGGUAUUUUCCUCUUGAGCAUUUUAGUUUUUGAAUAUUGCCUUCUGCCCGGAAUAAAUAAAUUAUUUGUAUUAAUUUUCGGAGAAAAUUCUUUUAUGGGAAAACUAGUAUGGUCUUGGAUUGAACCCAUUUUGUCACUAAUAUUUCAAACAGUUUGGGUCAUUCCUUUAUUCUUACUGAGUAAAGUAGUGAAUGCUUUAUGGUUCCAGGAUAUUGCCGAUUCUGCAUACAGACAUAGCAGAGGUAGGCCAAUCUAUGCUCAAAAACUGAGUGUAAUAUUGGCAGACUCUAUAUUUAGCAUGGCCAUACAGCUGCUGUUCUUAUUGCAAGCCGUAGCUGUAAGUUACAUCCCUAUAUAUAUAGUCGGGUACACUUUGUCUUUUGUACAGAUGUGUAUGUUGUACUCUCUGUAUGCUUUUGAGUAUAAGUGGUUCAACAUGGGGUGGGAGAUACACAGGAGGUUGUCCUUUAUAGAAACAAAUUGGCCAUAUUUCAUUGGGUUUGGACUGCCCAUGGCGUUCUUCACUCAACUUCCCGAGUCUUGGAUUGUGAGCGGAUGCAUUUUUUCAAUUUUAUUUCCAUUUUUCAUAAUAAGUGGAAAUGAAGCAAGCCCUGUCGCUAGCUCUGGGGAUAUUCCUCUACAUUUCUUCGCCCCGGUAAUCUGCAUAUCAAACUGUUUGUUCAGCAGAACGAUCGGUGGUGGUAGCCCUCAGAGGGCGCCCAAUCUUAAGACUGCUCAAUAUCGAUCGUAGACUAGUUAAUUUUCAAAUAGGUGCAUUGGUUUAGGUUCAUGUUGUUGAUGUGUGUGCGUGUAUAUAUACAAAUAUUAUUUUUAUUUUAUCGACCUGAUAUGACAAUGUGAUUAUUUGUAUUUUUUUAUUUCAUAAAGUUUGUUGUUAU